GGUUAUGAAAAAUCUCAUCCUCACACGAAUCACCAUGGCUGUCACGGAAAUUGCACUGCUCCGCCUCAAGACCCCCGAGCUUUCUUCUACUCGAAGAACAUCUUCAAGCAGGUCCAACAGGCUCAAUCCGAAUGGUCUGGCUAUCCCGUUCAAUGUGCACGGCAACUUGAGGACUCGAAUUAUUUCUACAUCUUCGAUGGAUGGGAAUCUGUCGCACACCACUGCGGAGACUGGAUCAAGUCCGAGACGAACCAGAAGUUUCUUACGCAGCUCAAGGAUGAUAUUGAUGUAGAGUGGAUGUUCCAUCUGAGCAUGGAGCCUUCGACAUGUACCGUUCCUCUCAAGGCCCCUAUCAUCGCUGUGAACAGAUACUUCGUGGAUCACGAAAAGAAAGCCGAUUUCGACGCGGCGUUCAAGAACGUUGGGCCCUACCUAGGUGCUCAUACUGCACCGUUCACCUACACCGGCGGAUGGAGAAUUGAUAAAGAAGGCGGUGACGAGGAAUUUGUUGUUUUGAGCGGAUGGAAAACGACUGAAGACCAUGACGGCUUCGCAGGAGCUGAAGGAUUGAAAGAGUUUGGUGGUACCAAGGAUGCACUGAGCGCGGCAGAGAUAAAGCACGCGGAGUUGGAGAGGUGGGAAUGA